AUGGUGGAGAACAAACAGCUACUGAAUUCGUACAUAUACGAUUUCCUAAUAAAAUCAUCGCUCGAAGAAACGGCCGAGCUGUUCAAGCAGGAGGCGGGCGUGCCGGAUGGGCAGCCGGACAUGGACGCGCCGCACGGGUUUCUGUACGAGUGGUGGCAGAUCUUCUGGGACAUCUUCAACGCUCGGACCCACCGGGGGGGCUCGGACCUGGCGCAGCAAUACUUCCAGAUGCAGCUGUACAAACAGCGGCAGGAGCAUGCGUACCGGGGGAUUGCGAUGCACGCGGCACGCGUGCAGCGGAAGGCGGAGCAGCGCGGAGAGUAUGCGCAGGAGAUGUUCGACCCGGUGCUGUUUUCGAUGAUGGCGAUGAACUCACAAAGCGCGGGCCUGCGGGGCGGCAGCCAGCAGGCGGCGCACGCGGUGCGCAGCGCUCCAUACGCCGCGCCUGGGCCGCACACGCCGCAGCAGGGCAUGACGGCGCACUACGCGGGGGGGAUGGCCAGCGCAGUCGGGCAGCCUUCUGGUAAGGUGCCCCCGGUGGUGGCCGGCCCGGCGUCGUACUACGACCACACAACGCUCUCUCCGCACCAGAUGAUGGGGGGGCUUGCACAAGUCCCAGGCGGUAUGAUUUCGCGACCGGAGCAGCUGGACGGGCAGCGCCAGGGAGAUCCGCAGCCAACUCCAACGAUGACCGUGUCGCCUAGUGGCACUAUGGGCCAGGGUCAGGGUCAGCAUCACGGGCCGAUAUUCCAGAAUCAGCCGGCUCUGUAUCCCUACAACGUUGCAGGCACCAUGUAUCCAAUGCAGCAGCAAUCGCCAAUGGCGCAGCCUUUUGUGCAUUCCCAGGUGAUGCCAAUGUCGAUGUCUUCUGGUGCGGCGACGCCAGUUGGCCGACCCGCCUCGGCCACCUCCGCCAACCCUCCCACACAGCGUAGACGCAAGAGGUCGCAGCAGCAGGCUCAGCAGCAGGCUCAGCAGCAGGCUCAGCAGCAGGCUCAGCAGCAGGCUCAGCAGCAGGCUCAGCAGCAGGCUCAGCAGCAGGCUCAGCAGCAGGCUCAGCAGCAGGCUCAGCAGCAGGCCCAGCAGCAGGCCCAGCAGCAGGCCCAGCAGCAAGCUCAACAGCAGGCUCAACAGCAGGCUCAGCAGCAGGCUCAGCAGCACGCCCAACAGCACGCCCAGCAGCACGCUCAACAGCAGGCUCAACAGCAGGCCCAGCAGCAGGCCCAGCAUCAAGCCCAGCAGCAGGCCCAGCGGCAAGCCCAGCAUCAAGUCCAGCAUCAAGUCCAACAGCAUGCCCAGCAUGCCCAGCAUCAAGCUCAACAGCAUGCCCAGCAUCCAAUGCAACCGCACGUCCAGCAGCAACACUCGCAUUUCCCCCAGCAACAACACCACCGCCACUCACAACAGCUACCAAUGUCGCACCUUCAACAUUCUCAGUCACAGUUACAGCAGCGAUCACAAAUACACCAUGCACCUCCUCAUCAACAGGUAUCGUAUCCACCGCAACCUUUAAAGCAGCAGCGACAUGCGUCCCUUCCACAGCUUCCCGAGGCUCAGAACCUGUAUGCACAGCACCAUCCUAUACAGCAGGAUUCACAAGCGCAGGAUAGACCGGACUCACGACAUUCUAGUAUGGACAAAGACUUUACCAACGCUGACGGCUUGCAUAACUACCGCAGGCAGCUAAUAUUACUAGAGAGGGAAAACAAAAAGGCAAUUUCUGCUCCUCCGCGGGACGUCCAGUCUGCCUCGAGCACGCCGCUCACCAGCCCACAGGUGCUCCAUCGCUUCAACCACAGCAUGUUACCACCGUCUUCCGUGAUAUCCCCACAGACCAGCGGUAGUCCCAACCCCGUAGCCAUGCAAAUGUCUGCGAUGACGGGAAGUAUCGGUAUUGUGGGCGCACCAACAGCAGCUACCCAGAGCUCCGCGGGAGCAACUGCUGUAAAGAAAAGAAAGUACACUAGGCGAAAGGUUGAUAGCACGAAAAGGUCCCUAUCGGAGCCUAAUUCUCCUGCAACACCGAUAACUCCCUUCACAAGCAGUACACUGACAUUAGCAAGCACCUUAACCACCGUCACCGAGCAUCCGCAGCACGAAUUAAGCUCUGCGUUGCUUGAGGAGGAUGAGCGCAAGAAAAAGAGGCCUAGAAAGUCACUGUCAGUUCAUCCCACUCCGCCGUUUUCCACCGAUAGCCUGAUGGAAACUGUCCCUUCGGGUAAUGCUAACAUAAAGAAGAACUCUCAUGCAUCUUCCGUAACGGCUGCAGUUUCCGGUGCAGUUUCCGGUGCAGUUUCUAUGAACAAACUAAGGAUGAACGGAAAGAAAGCUAUGGGUGUACCCUCCAACAAAAAGGCACCAGCUCCAUCUGGCACUGUGCAGUAUGCGGCCCCCCCGGGCGUCAUCACUGCCGCAGCACCCUUUGCUGCUGUUCCCACGGCCGAGGAUCUGCUCAGCGGCAGCAGUGCAAGCACUGAAUCCGUUGCACACAUGCUGCCAUUGGGGCCUAACAGCAGCGGACUCAGUCCCAGCCAUGGUACCGGCCUGGACACUCUCCACGACGACCCUACCCUAAGCGGCGAUGUGCCCUUCCAGUUCGAUCAGGAGGAUGCCGACCUGCUCGCAUCCGUUAAAAAACCCAUCGAUGUUGACGUCAUCAACUCGGCCAUCAGCACCGACACCGCCAACCCUGGGUCCGCCGCGGGCUCGCUUGCGGCCAGCGUCACAAACCCGAAGGACCAAGACACUUUCAAUCUCGACUUUUCCGAUCCAAAUUCCAAUUAUAAUGACUUCAACUUCUUCCAGUUCAGCUGGCGCUGA